AUGCCACUGCUAAGUGGUGACAGUUAUGAUCUCUCGGCGCGAGCUCUCGAUGGCAGAGGGCAUGCACAGUUGUAUUCAACACGGCCUGCACACCACUCUGACGCCUGGGUUCAGCCGGCGGUGGCGCUGCGCCAUGUUGCGGAGGGGUUUCUUAACUUGGAGCAGCAAAUGAAGAUGUGGCAGCGGCAGCUACACUGCAGGUUGAACAACAUUGAGCGCCGUGUGGGUCGCUGUGAGUCCGCGCUGCUGCCUAGCAAGAGAUUGGCGCCCCGCGCGGCCGUGGUGGAAGCUCAAACGCACACGUACAGUGACGUUCAGGACGGGGCGGAAAACGAGUUUAAACGGCUUUACUUCACUCUAACGGAUCUUCGUGAGACGGUGGCAGAGUGCUCUCGCAGUAGAGCGUCCUGUUUGGUCCCCGACACGCGGUGGGGAGGUGGAUUGCAGGAGGUGGCGUCUACACCGAAGCAUGACGCGGGCGACAACGGCGAGGUCUCAGCUGAGGGGGGAGAGAUGUUUGCCUUCCACUGUGGUGCAGACCAUAUUUGCCCCACGAAGGGGAUGUCGCCCACUGCGGAUACCACCGCAGUGGACAGUGGGGAAAGCGCGGGGCUGACACCCGACGCUGCGGAUAGCUCUCCGGCGCAUAUGGCUUUCGCUGCCGCCGCCACCGCUGACGUUGGUAGUGGGGGUAGUGAGUGGCGACACCGCGAGAGAACGCAGCGGUGUGCGGCAUCCUCGUGCUCGUAUGAGUCACACGCGCCGAGCUCUUUUCAACCCAUGCCGUCCUUCUCCACAAUGACGCCCAACACCAGGCAGGCAUGCAGCGCAACGGAGAGUACGUGUUGUCGUGACUGGUUGCCAUUUGUUCGGGAGCCGUGCAGGCAGGACGAAGCCGUUGCUUGUGGGGGAAAGGCGGCGGACACGCCCGAGUUCCGCAUGAGGUCAACAUCAACAACAACAACAACAACACCUUCACGUGACGGUGCAGUAACUGCAUCCCCUUCUGCGCGGGCCUCGUUCGCGGAACGAAGACUCUUUGACUCCCCGGAGGGAUCGAGGCGAGGAGAGCGAGGAGCGCCAUCCGUGUCCUCCAAGUUGACCAGCAGCGCAUUUCUGUUUGCGAAGGGCGGGAGAAAGGCACCCUCCGCCAAUGUUGCGGCGGCGGGGUCUCUGCAGAGCUUCACGGAACCCGUGUUUCUUUCAGGGUCAUUGGAUAAUGAGCAAAAACGGUCAGAUGCAUUGCCGUUCCUGCGACUCGGCGAUAACGUCGGUGUUGUGUCAACCGCGUCUGUUGGCAACAUCCCCGCGGCACCACCGCUCUACGUUGUGCCGCAGCAUCUCUGCACCAGCAGCGGUGACAGCUACGAAGGUGCGAGCGAACGGGACGGUGUAGAGGAGGGAGAAGCGGAAAGGAGUGAAGGUAGUGAUAGAGGAGUUCCGUCGGUGCCUGCUCCACUGACGCCCAGGGAGGGCAGUGUGUGGCAAAAGGUGGUUGCGCUGGCCCAUGCUGAGCAGCACUACGAACAACUGUGCGCGUUGCAGUAUCCUCCCCACUCCAUGUUGUCCUCGGGAAUACUGGAGGUUUCUGCAUCGACGGCAAUAGGAAUAUAG